CUCCAUGCGAGGUCGCCGUGCUUUAGGCCUGCUCUGGAGGGGGCUGCUCUGGCACCAGGGUUUGCACUUUCCUCAUCUCAUCCAGAAAAUGCAGUCUGCUUCACAGAACACAGAAUGGUCGGCAGUGUGAGAGUAGAGGAAGACAGGCAGGAAAGGCUGCUGCUGCUGGUUUUAGAAUUGCUUUCCAAACUAUGACAGUGAUGCCAAAGUGUAAAACGAAAGAUAGACUCUUCAAGGCUACAUAGAAUGAAGCCCUGAAAGGACCAUAGGAAGAGACAAAACUGGAAAAUUAUAUGUAGUGUCCACUAUGUGUUUCUGAAGAUGCCAGACCUUCACAAACCAAUGCGUGCUUCUGCUCGAAUAACUGUACCAACACUGACUUUUUUUUGAACAACAUUACAUAAAGGCAAGUACUAUUAUGUUUAUUUUUGCCUUGGUUCUAGAUCAUUUUGAAUCCUGAAAGUUUAUAAAUGUAACCAUGUUUGUUUGUUUUGCUGGAGUUGUCAUGCACACUGGAGAUGGAAAUUAGAUCAGAGGCAGUGGCAACGCUCAAAAGCCUGUUCUCAUCUUAGAAGCCCGCAGCUUGGUACUCCAUCAAGCUGCAAACUUUGGCUGAAAGUAAGAGUGUCUGAAGCAAGCAGCUGUUGGUUCAGAGGUUCUUAAAACUAGACGGGGUGCAACCACAGGAGAGAAAUGCUCAUGUAAUUAACAUGUGUUCUAUUUGCAUCUUUGAGGAUUAUAGAAACCAACCUGUCUGAUACAUCGUGGCAUCCUCACCUUUCUUCUAGGGCUUGGUCUUAGCCCCAGUGGGUGGGGUUACUAACUGACUCAUCAUCCCUCACUUUACUGCACUGGAAACACAUCUUCAUGACUCUUAUACCUACAGAGUAUUUAGAACAUCUGUUGUCAGCAUUCAAAGCUGCUUAAAAUGCACAGCAUGAGAAGUAAAAACUGGAGUAAGUCUGUAUCCAGACUACUUUGUAGCUGAGAGGCAAGCAUAUUCAAAACAGAUGGUUCUGCAGGCAGAUAGCUGUCCUGUUUCUCAGUGUGGUGGCAGUACUUCCCUUGUGACCUGGAGGUGUCUGCUAUUAAAUCUCCUUGUGUUGGAUUGAGUGUGCACAGGUCACUACAAGACAAGCUAGAGUAGAUCUGUGGUAUGUCAUUCAGCCAAUGCACAGUAGCAGCCUAUGGACGGAGUUGGACCUGGCAGUAUACAGAAAACAUCUAUUCCUCAGAGAAAACAGGGUCACAGCAAGCACACAGGCAGUUUCCAUGGAGCAGCGAACCUGCUGUAAAUCCCCACCCAGUCUUGCCUCACUGCAGCACGUAUGUGUAGUCAUACCCAAAGCAAAGGUGAACAAAUAGACCGAUGAGACGAGCAGAAAAAUCUAAGCCCACAAACACCACUUAGCAAAGCACUGUGAGCCGCACAGAACAGGGGUAAAGAAGUUAGGUGUGCCAUAGCUCACACUGUGUGGUGAAACUGAAAUUAAUGGCUUUUGUGUUGAAACACCUUUCCUUUCCUACUUUGUCCUGUAUUUAUUUACUUAUUUCUGUUUCGGUUAGCAUUAGCUGCUACCAAAGUCCAUCUGUUUUUCUUUGCACUUUAAUUUACAGCCCUUGUUAGUCAUUUUAUUGCUUCAGGUUCUGAGGGAGAAAACUUUUACAACUUGUGAUUGCUGAAUUAAGGAAACCAGAGCUUUUUUGACCUGGCACAGGGGGGUAAUUAUAGAGCCCAUUGCUUCUAGGGAGGGGCAUUCAAUAUUUAACAAACUGUGGCAAGUCUCAUUUAACCCUUUGGAGCCUGGACCAUUGGAUGGCAGUGAAAAAAACACAUGUUGAGGCUCUCCAGCUCACAAUGUAAUUCACCUGUUUUUAGUCUUUUAAGUUCUGCCUUUCUGCUACUGAACUUGAAGCUGUUUCUUUCAUCACAGUACUGGGAGGAUAGGAGGCAAAAUACUUGCAUAUGAAAACAUUUCUUUCCUUACUUCAGAAAUUACUGCUGCUACUGUUGGUUAAUCCUGUCAUAGUCUUCUGAGUGCCCUGCUGUCAAAAUAAAGUCUCUUGACAAUAGAGAAAUUAUACUCUCUUAAUUACCACUAUUGUUUCAUAUUACAGGGGCUGUGGUCAUGGACAAAGAUUCAAUUGUGUUCAGCAGCAUAAAAACAGUAUAAAUAGAUACCUUGUGUUUGAAAGAGUUUGCGAUCUGAAUUAUGCAACCAGUAAACCAUACGCUUGGAUGAACUGUUAAACGAACUCCUGGACGCUGUGGUUAAUGAUAUGCCAGGAUGAGAACCGGUUAAGUCCUCUGUACCGUACGCAGGAUCUACAACCUGGAACCUUGGCUUGCCACGAUGAGACACAGCCUGGUGUGCCACACGCCUCCUGCUGCCCACCCAAAGCCGAGUGCCUCCAGACCCCAGCAGCACAAAAAGCUGGUCAGGCCGAAGCGGUGUUCUUCCAGAAACUGCCGCGACAGCUGUGAGAAAAGGGUUCCGAAUGGUACCUACGGACACCCAAAGGCUCCGUGCCUUGUUAUUCAGCGCCAGGAAAUGACAGCUUUCUUUAAACUCUUUGAUGAUGAUCUAAUUCAAGACUUCCUAUGGAUGGACUGUUGCUGUAAAAUUGCAGACAAGUAUCUUUUGGCAAUGACGUUCGUUUACUUCAAGAGGGCUAACUUCACAAUAGAUGAGCACACCAGACUCAAUUUCUUUGUUGCUCUGUAUCUGGCAAAUACAGUGGAAGAAGACAAUGAAGAAUCAAAGUAUGAGAUUUUCCCAUGGGCUCUAGGAAAAAACUGGAGAAAGCUCUUUCCUGAUUUCUUAAAGUUAAGAGAUCAUCUAUGGAGUAGAAUUGACUACAGGGCUAUUGUAAGCAGACGUUGCUGUGAAGAGGUAAUGGCUAUUGCUCCUACACAUUACAUAUGGCAGCGAGAACGCUCUGUGUACCACAGUGGAGCCAUAAGGAACUACAACAAAGAUGAAACACAGCUGCCACGAGGACCUAAUAAUUCUCCUAUCCCCUGUUACCUCUGUGGUAAGAAAGGAAGAUUUGUACGACUGGGAUUAUCAUCAUCUUCCUCCUCAUCUACUAGCAGUUUAGAGGUGACAGAGUUAUGUUCAUCCCAGGAUUUGAAGGACACCUUUGCAAUUGAAAAAAUGCUAGUUGACUCUCCUGCUUCUUCUGCCCAAGACUGUCAGAGCCUGUCCAGCAAAAGGAGAAGAGAUAACACCUCGAACCAAGACAAAUCCAUGGACUGGUUUACAAGGAAUGAAGAAUGAAAUGCACUGAACAAAGAAAUAGAGGCUGUGCUUUGCAGAACAAUUGGUGUUGCACUGCAGUGCCAUACAUGAUGACUGUUUGUUAAAACAUUUCCCUUUAAGUAGCAAGUAGGAUUUAAGAGUCUGAUAUGCAGUAGAAAUCAAAGCAGGAAUUACCUAGAAGUUACAAAACUUGCAAAACAUAGCUAUUUUGUAACUCUUUAUUCUGAUACAACGCUCAGAUUAGCAGCUAACAGCAGCAGCAUCAAGAAAGUGGUGGUCGAAACUUUCUCAGCUUGGUGAGGAAUGCUAAUUGAAAAACAAAACAGGUUACUAUUUCAGUAUUGAAUUUCUAGUUUAUUAUAAAUUUCGUGAUUUUGUGAUAUGUCAAGUGUUAGUACAGAAGUUAUUAUUUUUGAAAAUAUUUUAAGAUAAAACAUUUACAAUAAAAGCAUUUUUCAAGUA